CACUAAACGUGAGUCAGAAGAUGCGUAUCUUAACGGGUGUGUAAAGGGUUUGAUUACAGUUCUAGUUCAAGUAAUUCGUUUCUAUGACAAUAACUUUAGCGCUUAAGUGUGCAGAACGCAAACUCAUUCAAACACUGAGAGGUGAUUCUGACGGUCAACGGCGUUAUAUUUAAUCAAAUGUAAAGAAUCGCAUAUUAAAUAUACACGUUUGUUUUUUUAAAUCGCACAUUAUCAUUAGUGGGGAGCUGGGCAAGUGAUACAGGGAGGUGACGCAUUACGCGCUGUGUUGAGACUGACAGCAGUCCGGGAAAGGUUAAGUGCUGUGUGUGUUGCCGAAAAGAACGAUGCGGCCAAAGGGAUCGCAGAGAUCAUGACUAACGAAUAAACAUUUGCUCCUCCCUACAGAAUGUCACUGUAUCGAUACCUCUGUUUCAGGUCAUCUCCUGGGGCUGAAGCUCCUUUUCAGAAGUGGUAAGCACCCUUAAAGCAAGUCAGGCUAAACAAGAUGCUGUGUAUCACGGGACACAUCUCUUUGCAUGAAUGAGUGCAUGCUUGUGUCAGAGAAUGCUUUGCUGUAGAAAUGCCUUUCACAUUUUUUCGUCUUGCAGCACAGUUUCAACCCAGUCGUCCUGUUUGAUGCAGAAGUGGAAAAAUACUGCCCAGGCAACUAUGUGGAUGUCAAGGUACAGCAAUGUACUGCAGUGGAGCAGAAUUUGCAGGUGUUCUGCGCCUGCUUCUCAGAGAUCACCCCCAACUCAAUGAGGAAUGCCUGCCAGAACCUAGCGGACCAGAACGUCAGCGAUGUCAGGCAGGAGUUGGACCUUCGGAUCGGUGUGUUCAAGAAGCAGCUGGACGAGUUCAUCGUCCGACACUUCCUGGCUUGCUGCUCCCAGGAUGCACAGGGGCGGGAAACUACGGUAGACAUUGACAUCGCCCAGGAGAGGUUUGCAACGUACGGGCUAAUGAUCAUUGCCAGGAACUACCUGGAUGUGUACCCUUACGACAUGUGGUAUGCGAAGGUGAUCCCAGUGUACGAGCGUGGGUCCCGGUUGCAGCCCACCACCAUUGAGAUGCUGGACGGAGAGACAAGCCCACCACAGCUCUUUACUGAGGCUGACCUCAUCUCACUCAUGGAGAAGCACGGCAUUGGUUAGAGAAGCAAUUUUCUUGUUUCAAAUGACUAACAAGUUGUUUUUGAAGAAGAACAGUUUGUUUUUGUAGAAGGGAUAUGGUCUAAAUUAUUGUAGCAAUUUACUUCCUAGCUACUAAAAAAAAAAAUAGAUCAAGUUGCUACACCCUUGUUUUUUGGAUACAGGCUCCGUAUCUGAGGGUGUGUUCAAUUGCCUGUGCUGGCUCACAGAUUUAUUACUCCAUUGCCCUCAGCCUAGCUCCAGUGUUUUCAGGACCUUCAGUAAAUCUGUAAUUUGUGUAGUUAUUUAUUUAUUAACUGGGAGAAAUGAAAACCAAUGCAGAAUUAGUUUUUAAACCAAGUAAAGCUUUAUUGAAUACAUCAUUUUAAAACUAUUGAACUCUGCUCCAACAAGGACAAGCUCAUAUUAGUAACCAAUCCAGCAGUGUGUCAAACUACCAGCUGCAUAGAAAACACUUAGGUUAUAAGUGCACUAAGUGGUGAAAGAUUUAACAAAAAUCAAAUAAAAAUUACGAGAAUAUAUUUUAGUAUGAAACACUUAGUAUGAGUUAACAUUUAAAUUAAGACAAAAAUACAUUUUAUAAUACUAAACAAUGCCUAUUUCUCAGUUCAGCCCUUCUACAGAACUAUUGACAGCCAAGUAGUUUCCAUGCAGGAGGAUUUCUCAUUAACUGACGAACCAUAUUUACAUGCAAUUCUCUUUGGCCAGAAUCCCCAAAUGACCACCUGCCUGUGCAAUGCACAGCAACUCCUCAAUGCAUGAAAACCAGUUAUACUGAAAAAGCUUUUUGUUCAACUUGAGAGCAAAUCUAUGGUACCCUGUACUUGUUUUGCCACUGACCUGUAACCAACAAAUGCAAAAGGUACAUUAAGUACAAUUACAAUACAGAUAGCCAAUACAAAAUCAGACAGAUUUUGCUUUUCAGGUCUAUCUUUAUAAAAUUCAUUCAAGCCAUUUAAAAUGAGUUGACAGACACUAGAGCAUCAGAACAGUUCACUU